UUUCCGUAUCAUCAGAUUUCUUCUUCUUCUUCUAUUGAGCAGAUUAGUAUGUUUACCACUAAAGUCUAUGGACCUGCAUUGUAAAUGGCUCAUAGGAAUAUUGGUGAUUUGUCCACCGACAGGAAAGGUAUAAUUAGUGAGAUCAUUAUAUCGGGACAUUCUCAAGAUCAAGAAAAACAUGGUCUACGGGCUGUUCGUAGAGGCACAAGGAUUAGCUGGAUCACUUUCGAGAGAUUCUUCAUUUUGUUGUUCUCGCUUGCAGCUCUAUUCUCAGUUUACGUCUCAAUUUCUGGCUUAAACAGGCUACUUCAAGGUCAUUUGGAAAGUAGUAUUUCAUCGCUCAGAAAUUCUCAACAAGAGUUCCAUGGCUCAAAUGACUUGGAUCAUCCAAAAAACAAGUCUCGCAGACCACGGUUUUCACCUUGUGAAGUUCAGUUUUUGGACUCGGUCAAUCAUCUGGUUGAGCCCAAGGAUUAUUUGAAUUUCACACAAAUUUCACUUGGAUAUGUUGAUAAAGAGGAGAAAGCUUUCCAGAAUAAUGAACUAAGAUUUGGAGGACACCAGAGCAUUGAGGAAAGAGAAAACUCUUUUAUUGCAAGGAAUCAAACAAUUCAUUGUGGUUUUGUCAAAGGACCAGAAGGUUAUCCCAGCACAGGCUUCGAUUUGGAUGAGAAGGACAAGGCAUUCAUGAAUACUUGUAUAGUUUCUGUUUCAUCUUGCAUAUUUGGAAGCUCUGACUUUUUGAGGAGGCCUACCAGUAAGAUGAUCAGUGAUUAUUCAAAGGAGAAUGUUUGUUUUGUGAUGUUUGUGGAUGAAGACACUCUACUGAAACUGUCAAAAGAGGGAAAUGUUCGCGACGAGAGAGGAUUUAUUGGGUUGUGGAGGAUCGUAGUUGUGAGAAACUUACCAUAUGAGGACAUGCGGAAAACGGGAAAGGUGCCAAAAUUUUUAUCACAUCGUCUAUUCCCUUAUUCUAGGUAUUCGAUGUGGCUUGACAGCAAAAUGCGACUUCAAGCUGACCCCAUGCUGAUCUUAGAAUUCUUUUUGUGGCGAAGAAGAGCAGAAUAUGCUAUUUCUAAUCAUUAUACCCGCCACUGUGUUUGGGAGGAGGUGAUUCAGAAUAAGCGUCUAAAUAAGUACAACCACACUGAAAUUGAUAAGCAAUUUUCUUUGUACCAAUCUGACGGCCUUACCAAGUUCGAUCCUUCAGAUCCUGAUCGUCCUCUCCCGAGUUAUGUACCCGAGGGUUCAUUUAUCAUCAGGGCUCAUACACCGAUGUCGAACUUGUUCUCAUGCCUUUGGUUUAACGAAGUUGACCGUUUUACAUCUCGUGAUCAACUCAGCUUCGCUUAUACUUUCUUGAAGCUGAAGCGAAUGAAUCCGGAUAAGCCAUUUUCCCUAAAAAUGUUCAAGGAUUGCGAACGGAGGGCAUUAGCUAAGCUAUUUCAUCAUAGAGAAGUUUCGACUCCAGCUGCACCUUGAAAGUCUUCCAUUCAUCUAAAAAUGCAAAUCAGUAUUGAAACUCUUCCAUUCAGCUGCACAGGAAUUGAUACAUCUGAAUAUGAAGCUGUUGGCACCCUGCAAAUAAAUGCAAAUCAGUAUUGAAAGAAUUGAUUGAUACAUCUGAAGCAUAUAUUCAUUCUGAAUGAAAAUACUUGUUGAUCUCAGCUGUUCAUUCUUCUAUGCUUUCACACAGCUUGAUCUCAGGAAGAGGGUUUCUUCCUCGAGAAUCAGUUGGACAUUUUUGGAGAUUUCAGUUAACUGUAUAAACAAUGAGGAUUAGGGUAAUUAAUACCAGUAUGUACUAUGCUAAUAGAAUCGAUGUUCGGUUUAUAAUCACUUGCUUAUAAACAAUUGACCACCCCGAAUGAUUCUGUGUUUACUGCUUAU